CUGACCAGGGCACAGACAGCAGCCCCUCUCUCUGCGGAUCGGUCCCUCCCUCAGUGAAAACUGCCCUUCCAGCCCUGCGGGGCUGCGGAAACCCAGCCUAAUUGGAUCCAGGACCCUCGGGAGCCUCGGUCCCCACAGGAAGUUCCCAGGCACGAGCUCCCUAGGCUGGCCUGGCUCUUGGAGGCAGGGUGGGGCCCAGCAUCUGGGGCUCAGCACUCUGGGCUGCAUGGAGUGGGGACACAUGGAGGGCAGAGGGGUCGUGAGAGGCCAACUUGGAGCGCAUGGGGGUCUCAAGCUGGGAAGAUGGCAAACUUCAGCUUCUCUCUCCUCGACCAUCUCCUGCUUGUCCCUCCCAGGCCAUCCUUCUGGCCCCAUAAUAACCUGUCCACUGAAAACCCCGACCAUGGCCUUCCCCUGCUCAGAGACGUUCCAUGGCUCCCCAUGGCCUUUUAUCCAAGCACUUCAGCCUGGAACUGUAGCCCUUUAUGAACAGCCCCAGACACCUUUCCCUUCUUCCUCUGCAAAUUCCUGCACCAUACCCACGCCAGACCAAACGUGAUGCUUUGUGCAUUCCUGCCUCUGGGCCUUUGCAUGUGUACUUCUUACUCCUUGGCCUGCCCUUCCCUGGCUUCUCUUGACCUCUCUGCUUUCCUCCUUUAGUAAGUCCCACCUUCAUGAGAUCUUUGUGCAUCCCUCAAUGGGAUGAACACAUCUUUCCAGGAGCGCCCCCACCCCAUAGCUCACCUGAGCCCCAGCAUCAGCUUAUUGCCACUCUGGGGCAGGGAGCAGGUUUCAGAACGUUUAGCUACCCUGGGAAGCUAGCCAGUUUUCCAUGUCUUUGCGCACACCGCCCCUCUGCUUGGAAUGCUCUUCCUCUACCCUCUGGCUCUCUUGGCAAAGCCCUCAGUCUUCAAAGCCCACGUGGACAGACCCCUCCUCUCUCAGGCACAGCCCUUCUCUCUUAGUGAAAGUUUAUUGAGCACCUAGCAUGAACUAGGCACCUGAGCACUUACUGUGUGGCCAGCACUUGGCUCUGGGGCUGCAUUGGUGGCCCUGUCCUUUCGAGUCACAACUGGAGGGAGUUUCCAGAGGCUUGAUAGAGACAUGGCAGAGAAUGCAGGGGGGCUGUGGGUAUGGAUAACAGGGUAAUCUACUUUCUGCUAGGGAGAGUUUGAAAGUGACCUUUAGCUGAGACCUGAAAGAAGAGCCAGGUGAGCUGUGGGGCCAAGUUGGGGUGUGGGGUUGUGACUAAGAACCAGACCCAAGCUCUGAUCUCAGGGAGCUCACAGCUACGCCGGGGACUGGGUGGACAAGGAACCAGGCAAUUCUAGCUUAGUGGGAUCAGUGCUGUGGUGGAGGAGGCCCAGGAGGCUGUGGGAGCUCAGGGGAGAGGCUGCAAAUAGAGCUGUGGGGGGGGGCUGGUGAGCAGGAAGGCUUCCCUAGGGCUGUGACGCCUGAGCUGACUGGUGGUUGAUGGGCACCUGGCAGGGCUUUCGCUGGAUGAUGGAAGGACACAGGCUGUGCAAAGGCACGGUGGCAUGAAAGAGCAACUUGUUUUGGGGGAACUGCAGGUGGUGUUGUGGGGCUGGAAGGAGGGAGGCCAUGGGGAUGUACCUGUUGGGAUGCAUAUGGCCUGCAGAGCCUCACUGGCAAAGGCCUCUGUGCUGGGGAUUUUGAACCAUACCUCAGAAGCGAUGGGAACCCGAGAGAGAUUUCAAGCAGGAGUGAGUGACCUGGGCAGGCUUUGGCCUGGGCCUCCCCUCCGAAGCCUCCACCCAGGACGGGGAGCCCCUUCCUGACUCUGUGUUCCUGACUGGGGUCUGGGGUGUGGCUGGAGGCUCACUGUGGGACCUCGAGCAAGCCCCUGGCCCUCUCUUAGCCCUUCUCUCCUCCUGGGUAAACCCGCAGGGCCUGAGGCCAGAAUCCUAAUGGAGCUGUGGGCAGGGGUUGGGCUGUGUUGCUUAGCCUAAGCUUGCUGAACCUAUAGUUUCAUUAAUAUUCCUUUAAAAAAGUCACGUAACUACCCUGCAGAAAAGUCAGAAUAGGGAAAUGAGGUAAGUCCAAACCUGCCAUUUCUGCUCUCACCCCAAGCCGGAAGCACCGUCACUGUUAGCAUUCUGGCUUUUCCUUCCCUCCUCUCAGUACCUGGUUUUUAUAUGGAUAUCAUUGCUCCGUCCGUCCGUACAAUUUAGAAAAUCUGCUCCCCUACCCCAUCCCCCUGACAAAUGUAUCACGAGUGCUGCAUGAGUGCAGUGGGGUUCCAGUCCUUUCUAACAGAUCCAGUGUUAGGGUGGAAAGCGUGGGCUUUGGAGCCUGACUUUCUGGGUUCAAACCAUACACGCUUGACUGUGGGCAAGUUACCUAAUCUCUCGGUGCCUCAGUUCCUUGUAAGGUUGAUAUGAGAGUUAAAUGAGUCAUUACAGUGCCGGUAAACACUGGCCGUUAUUAAUGGUUGUAGACUAUGUCACUGUGUAACAUGAUUUACAGAGCCAUCCUCCCAUUGUUUAAAAUUUUGGCUGUUUUCAGUUUUUCAAUAUGGUAAAAAAAAAAAAAAAGACACACUGAAGCAAACAGCUUUGUACAUAAACCUUUGUCUAUAUUUGGGUUAUUUUCUAGGGACAGAUGACCAAGAAUGGGAUCAGUAGGCCAGGAAGUCUUAACAUUUUUUUGAGCUCUUGUCACAUUAUUGCCAGACUGUUUUUAGAAAUGUUCCAAUUUGCACUCCCACCAAUAAUGCAUAGAAGUGCCAAUUUCAUCAUACCCUCACCAGCAUAGCGUAUUAUCAUUUUCUUAUUUCUCUUUGCUAUUUUAAGAGGUGAACCUCAUUUCAUUUUCACUGCCAGGGAAGCAGAACUAUUCUCUGUUUAUUAGCUGUUAACAUCCUUUUUGGUCUGCUAGCCUUUACAGAGCACACAUAGCCCCUUCUCAGACCAAUUAGGAAGAUAGGGCUUAGAUAUAGGAAACAGGGAACAGAGUAACAAUGGGGACGAUUUAGUGCCAGGGUAGGGGAGGGGACUUCCCUCUAUCUAGGCCAUAACACUCAGUUGCCUCCACAUUGAACAUCCAUCCAUUCAUUCAUUCAUUCAAACACUUAUCAGGUACUCUUAGGGCUUAAAAGGUAAAUUACCCAGCCAUGAUUCUGCCCUGACAGAGAGCAUGUCCAACAGCAGAGAUGGACAAGAACACAGACAGAAAAUACAGGGAUGUGUGCUCUGAUGAUAGAUGUGUAGGGCACAAAGGGAACAGAGGAGAGGCUCCAACACAGCCCAGGAGGUGAUAGAGGUAGAGCAGUUUUGGAAGGCUUUCAGGAGGAAGUGGUCCAUAAGCUGGAGCUUGAGGAUAAUCUGGAGUUAGCUAGUGAACUGGGGAGGUCAGACGGUUCCAGGGAGAGGGGGCAGCCUGACUGAUGGUGAGGAAGUAAGAAGGGAAGUGGAGCACUAGGGGAUCUCUGUCUGGCUGGGCAGAGUAUAAGGUGGCCAUCGAGGCCACAGAGUCCGCAGGGACCAGACAUACAAGGCCCCAGGAAUCCAGACCUUGUCUGGAGGGAAGUAGGGAGCUAUGGAAGGUUCUAAGGAGGUGAAUAUUGUGAUUUGCUUUUGUCUUUUAGAAAUCUCACAGCGACUGCAGAAGGAGAGUGGAAUGGGGGGUGUGGGUAGAGGUGGGGAAACCAGUGAAGGGAUUCUUGCAAUAGCCGAAGAGCCUGGACCCGGGCAGAGAAGGUGGUGGAGACCUUCUUUCCCUACCCUGCAGAAUCCUAAAAGCAGCCUCACAGUGCACAGCGAAUGUUACCUCUGCUGGGCAGCCCUUGCUGACAUCCACCGCUGCCAAUCAGGUCAUGCCUUCUGGAGGACGGGGCAGUGCAGGGCCUGGCAUGCAGUGGUUAGUUGAGUGCCUACCACCAACUGACCCUGAUCCCACCCCUGCCCCUCCGUGCCUCCAGACUCUCUAUCUCUUCCCCCUCUGCCUUGAGCUGCCAACAGUUUUCUGUCUUUUCUUUGAGAGUAAAUUUAUUGUUUUCAUUAUAAAAGCAACUGAACGGCAUUACGGAGAAUCUGGAAAUCAGAGAAACAAAGACAAAAACCAGAUCAGCUCCAGCCACCUCUCCCAGCCCUCCCUCUGGGUGUGGUUCCCUGCAGCUUGCUUUUUCUGACGCAGGUUUUUAUUUUUGCCUCCUUGUAAUCAUAGUGUCCGGACCAUUUUGGGUCCUGCUCUCUCCCAUUUGCUUUGUUGGGAGCUCGUUCCUCUGUGGCCAUGGGGUCUGGGCAGAUCUCAGUUUUUGAUGCCUGUGGGAUGGUUUGGGGAUGGGGGUGGGACAGGGUUGUUUAACCGCACCCUGCUGUCCUGCAGUGGGCAAGGCUAGUCACAUGCCACCCUGGGCUGCCUGUCUGCAUUGUGUCUGUUUGUCUGUACCUGGACCACCCCAGCCACCUGGUGUACCCCUUCUUCAGUGCCCCUUUAUGGAGCUUACAAGGCUGGCCUCAGGGGCCACCUUCGUGGGAAACGGUCGUGGACAGAUCUGGUUUUAAAUCUAGACUUGGCUCUGCGACCUCAGGCAAGUUACUUAACCUCUCUGGACUUCAGUUUCCUCAUCUGUAUCAUGGGUCUAUUGCCCCAGUAAAAUAAUGGCUGUAAAAAUGCCCUGACACAGUUCCUGGCCCACUGUAAGUGCUCAAGAAAAGGUAGUCAAUAUUAUUGUGUUUUUUCAUUCUACAAAGAGUUUCUGAGACCACUCUGGGCUAGGUGCUGGAAUGGCAAAGAUGAAUGAGCACUAGUUAUACCUGUGAAGAGCUCGUGGUCUGUCAGGGAAGUCACCCAGGGAAACAUAUAAGCAUACCAAUCGGCGCUGGAGUGCUGGACCAGACCUGGGUGGUGUCCUAACUCCAUUACUUGCUAGCUGUGUGACUUUGGGGAGGUUGGUCAACCUCUCUGAGCUGCAGUUUCCUCUUCUGUUAAAUGCACAUCUCACAGGAUCAUUGGGAAGAUUCAGUGCCAUGAUGCAUAUGAUACACUCAGCACAGUGCCUGGCACGUAGUAGGUGUUGAAAUCAAUAGUAGCUGCCAUUUUAUUAUUAUUGUUAUUGUUAUUCCCAUAUACAAGGUGCUGUUGGGAACACAGAGGAAGUGACUGACUGGGGGUUCAGGGAAAGCUCCGUAGAAGAGGGAACACUUGAGCUGGGUCUUGAAGGAUGAGUAGAAGUUCACCAAGUGGGAAAGGACACUCUAGGUCCCUGGCUCUGGGCUGCUCAUCCCUUACUUGAGGGGCAGGAGCAAGUGCUUUGCCCAAGAUCACACAGCCGGAUGGCCGAGCCUCGAUUUAACAACCCCUACUUCUGGCCCCCUCCUCCCACCAUGCCCAGCCAGCUGGACAACCUGGUCCUGAUUAACAAGAUCAAGGAGCAGCUGAUGGCGGAGAAGAUCCGGCCGCCUCACCUGCCGCCCACGUCGGCUUCGUCGCAGCAGCCGCUGCUGGUGCCGCCGGCGCCGGCCGAGAGCAGCCAAGCCGUCAUGUCGCUGCCCAAGCUGCAGCAGGUGCCGGGGCUGCACCCGCAGGCCGUGCCGCAGCCCGACGUGGCGCUGCACGCGCGGCCGGCCACCAGCACCGUCACAGGUCUGGGGCUCUCCUCCCGGACCCCGGCUGUGAGCACGUCCGAGUCGAGUGCAGGCACGGGGACCAGCACCCCGUCCACGCCCACCACCACCAGCCAGAGCCGCCUCAUCGCCUCGUCCCCCACCCUCAUCUCAGGGAUCACCAGCCCCCCCCUCCUGGACUCCAUCAAGACAAUCCAGGGCCAUGGCCUGCUUGGCCCCCCCAAGUCCGAGCGCGGCCGCAAAAAGAUCAAGGCGGAGAACCCAGGGGGGCCGCCCGUCCUCGUAGUCCCCUACCCCAUCCUGGCCUCGGGCGAGACUGCCAAGGAGGGCAAGACAUACAGGUGUAAGGUGUGCCCGCUGACCUUUUUCACCAAGUCUGAGAUGCAAAUUCACUCCAAGUCACACACCGAGGCCAAGCCCCACAAGUGCCCGCACUGCUCCAAGUCCUUUGCCAACGCCUCCUACCUGGCCCAGCACCUGCGCAUCCACCUGGGCGUCAAGCCCUACCACUGCUCCUACUGUGAUAAGUCCUUCCGACAGCUCUCCCACCUCCAGCAGCACACCAGAAUCCACACAGGCGACAGACCCUACAAGUGCCCACAUCCUGGCUGCGAAAAGGCUUUCACUCAGCUCUCCAACCUCCAGUCUCACCAGCGCCAGCACAACAAGGACAAGCCCUACAAGUGUCCCAACUGCUACCGGGCCUACUCGGACUCCGCGUCCCUGCAGAUCCACCUCUCCGCCCACGCCAUCAAGCACGCCAAGGCCUACUGCUGCAGCAUGUGCGGGCGGGCCUACACCUCGGAGACCUACCUGAUGAAGCACAUGUCCAAACACACGGUGGUGGAGCACCUGGUGAGCCAUCACUCGCCCCAGAGGACGGAGUCCCCCGGCAUCCCGGUGCGAAUUUCCCUCAUCUGAGCCGACCCAAGGCGCCGCCCCACCCUGCCCACUGGCAGACACAGACCCAGGCAGCACCAGGCCCCAGCUUCCUCCAGGGGCCCUCCAGGAACAGCCGAGCUCUCUCAUGACCUUCCUGACCUUCCAGAAAGCCUGGGCUGCAGAAGCCCUGCCCGGUCCAGCUCCGGGGGCGGCCAGGCCAACUGCAAGAUUCUGGACUGUUUUGGUGGCAUCCAAAGACGAUCUCAGAGCACUUUGAACCUCUCUGUUGGGUUUCUUUUUGUUCCCCACCCUCCACUUGCUUCACUGUUUUUGUUUUUAAGUUUGUUUUGGAAAUAACAAAAAAGAUAUUUAUUGGCCAAGAAGUUGGUGCUGCUAAGACCGAGAAAUGAAAAGAAUCGGACAGAUGGACACAGAGAACCAGAGGGCAGCGUGGGACCUUCUCUUGCCACAGCCUCAGGUCUUGAGGGAAGGCUCAGGCCUGGGUUUCUGGACUGCAAAGGGGACCCCCCCCCCCCGCCAGGUGGGAGGGGACAGGAAGCAUCUGGAGUGAGCCACUCACCCCUAGGUGCCCAGCUCCAACCUCUCGGGCUACACCCUGGGCAUUACUGAGCAGAGGGAUGAGGCAGCUCCUGGGGCUGCCCGGGCUUCAGGAGGCAAAACAGGAGAGGGGCUGGGAGAUCCACAGGACCAAAGGGUGCAGCGUUGGGCUGGGCUGGGCACAGGCCCAGGGAAAUGGGGUGAGGGUGGGCUGGGUAAGACCUGGCCCUCCACUGCCCUGAAGACCACCCCAGUCUACCUCGGUGCUGGCCAGGAAACCUAUUGGCUACCUCUCCCACCAUCCCAGACUGUGGGCAGGGGGGUGGGGAGGGAGUGGGCCUAGGCUUAGGACCCCCCCUCCAGAAUUUCCUCCAGAUGGGGCAGUGCCCAGGGAGGGGUUAUGUGUCUUCCCUGUCAUGAAGGGGGGAAUCCCCAGUCCAGGCCCUAGGCCCCUCGGCAGGGAAGGGAUCCUCGGGGAGGAGGGUCCCAGGAGCAGACCCUGCCCUCAGCCCCCACAGACAUACCCCGAUCUGAAAGCCAUGCGUGUCCAUGUAUAUAGGAACUAUGUACAGAGCCCGGAGAAGCCCCCCUUCAUCCCCCGGGGAAAAAAAAAAAAACUAGACAGAAACUCAUCUAUAUAUUCUGUAUCUGGAGUUCCGUUUUGAAUAUUAACUGUGUUAUUUUUAUACACUUUUUAAGCCUUAACUCGCCAUUGAUUUACCAGUUUAACGUUUCCUGGGGUUUUUUUUCCCAUGGGGUUCUCUGCCCCAGCCCCCACCCCUUUGUUUGACUUGCGUCGUCGGAUACUCAGUAUUGUAGCUUUUUGUCCGCAUGUUACUACCCUGUAAAUACGCUGUUAUACAUACUGUUAACACCCCAUUUGCUUUUUUCUAUGGGACCUCCAGGCCACCAUAUCUAGAACUAGUUACCUUAUUAAAAAAGAGAAAACAGUCUGUCGGCUUCUCAGUCUGCAUCUUGGUGGCAGGGAGGUGAGGGCAGGUGCCCCUCAAUGCUUCAGGAAACAGGUUUGCAUUCUAUUUAAGAGAAGGGGUGGGGAGCAAAAUAAAAAUCCAGUGUGGGGGAAGACACUACAUGGGGCGAGAGACCAAGAAUCCCAAACCCUCUGCUCUUUGUAUUUCUCUGUUGUGAAGAAUAAACUGUACCUGCACCUGG